UUCUCUCGCUCACCCCAUACCCCCUACAGGCUCUUCAGCCAUGUUCCGCUUCGCCCCCCUUGUCUCGCUCACGCUCGCCUCGAUCGCCCUCGCGCAGACGUACAGCGCGACGUACCUGCCCACCAAUGCGCCAAAGACGACUGAGCAGGGCCAGUCCGGCACGAACCAGUGCGGGACAGGCCACGACCAGAACUCGAUGUGCCAGAACGCGUAUCUGAACUCGCUCGACGACUGGUGCAUCUUCGCGCCCCCGCAGCCCGGCCCCGACUCGGUCAUCGGGAACACGGAGCGGAUCGAGGUCGCGUGGUGCACCGCGGACGGGCACGGCACGCGCCUCAUCCCCGACGGCUCGAUCACGGGCGCGCACUUCGUGCAGACCCCCGACUACGUGCAGAUUACGGGCGUCGGCGACCUCACGAAGAUCAACAUUCCUGCGGGCGACGAGGGAGGCGAGCUCGACCCGCACGGCGCAGAUGGAAAUGGAAACCCCAUCGGUGGUCUGGUGUUCUCAAGCGCCUUUGGAUCGAUCGCGCAAAUGCACGAGUGGACAAACUUCGUUUCCGACACCGAGUUUUGCUUCCGCGCUUGCAAGGACGGCCCCAACGCUCCCGCGCUCUGUCAGCACAUCUACGACGUCAUGGGCUGCGCAUGGAACAUGCCCGGAAACUAUGCGCCCGGCUCGUUCGACCGUUGUCUCGCUGACACUGGCGAGCCCAUGGGUGUGUACGGAACCUCGACCUUCCACCAAGGCGACCCCAGCACGCCCGCGGCGCACCCGGCGCCCCCGACCUCCUCGUGCACGACCACGAGCUCAAUCGGCAACGGCCUCGCCGCAAGCGCGUCCGGCAGUGCAAGCGCCUCGGGAAGCGCAUCUGGUGCAACCACCACCGGCCCCUCCGCAACACAGUCUGGCUCUGGCUCUGGCUCCGUCAGUGUUACUCCUUCUGCGACUGCCUCUCAGUCUGCGAGCGGUUCGGUUUCGGCGAGCGCGGCCGCUUCUACCAGCGGCGUAAGUGGUUCUGCUUCAGGUUCCGGUUCAGUCUCCGGCUUCGGGACCGCAUCCCAGCCGUUGAGCACUGCACCCAACGCCUCGUCUGGCUCCGCUUCGCGUACCGGCACGUCCUCCGGAACGGCCUCCGCCACUGGCGGCUCCAACGGCGCCGCGUCGUUCUCCGCCCCUGGCAUGCAGCUGGUGGUCGCUGGCGCCGCAGUCGUGUUCGGUGCUGCGCUUAUCGCCUAAGCGCCCUUCGCCUUGGACUCGCAAGCUACCGAACUAUUUGACGAACCCUGACGAGGAUGCUACACCACUGCCCCGCGUCGUGUACUCCAACCACUACCCCUACUACCCGGUUACCCCUGCUGCUCGCAUGUGACGAACCCUUUCUAUUGUCUGAUGGCGCACACGAGCCCGUACUGCUAAUGUCUGUUUUGUGCCAUUACCCCCUGUUGUCUUUUUGUGUACUCCUGGUCGUUCCUUGUUUCCGCUCAUGGACGAAACUACAUACCUACUGCUAUGUCUUGCGUUGUGGCGUCGUAGGAAAGUACGAGUACAUGCUUUAAUAUCUGACGUGCUUCGUGCACCAUACCG